UCGUUCAGCGUUUGAACUUCAGUAAUGGCAGCCAAAACCGUAGGGAAGGCCAUUGGUAUCGACCUGGGUACCACUUACAGUUGUGUAGGAGUGUGGCAGCACGACAGAGUAGAGAUCAUCGCCAAUGAUCAGGGCAAUCGGACUACUCCUUCUUACGUCGCCUUCACUGAUACAGAGCGCUUGAUUGGUGACGCAGCCAAGAACCAAGUCGCCAUGAAUCCGAACAACACUGUUUUUGAUGCCAAGCGUCUCAUUGGGAGGAGAUUCUCUGACCCUUCUGUGCAGAGCGACAUGAAGCUCUGGCCUUUCAAAGUUCUUCCGGGUCCUGGAGAUAAGCCCAUGAUUGAGGUGACUUACAAGGGGGAAAAGAAGAAAUUCGCUGCUGAGGAGAUUUCGUCAAUGGUGCUGAUUAAGAUGAAGGAAAUCGCAGAGUCGUAUUUGGGCCACACUAUUAAGAACGCUGUGAUCACUGUUCCUGCCUACUUCAACGAUUCGCAGAGGCAAGCGACCAAGGAUGCUGGAGCGAUUGCUGGGCUUAAUGUGAUGAGGAUCAUCAAUGAGCCUACUGCAGCUGCAAUUGCUUACGGCUUAGACAAGAAAGCUUCGAGGUCUGGCGAGCAGAACAUCCUCAUCUUCGAUCUUGGUGGUGGCACUUUUGAUGUCUCUCUGUUGACGAUCGAAGAAGGUAUCUUCGAGGUGAAAGCCACCGCCGGAGAUACUCACCUCGGUGGUGAGGACUUCGACAACCGCCUCGUCAACCACUUCGUUGCAGAGUUCAAGAGGAAGCACAAGAAGGACAUCAGCGGCAACGCCAGAGCUCUGAGGCGGUUGAGGACUGCCUGUGAAAGGGCUAAGCGAACUCUGUCUUCCACAACUCAGACAACGAUCGAAAUUGAUUCUCUUUACGAAGGUAUCGACUUCUACUCCACCCUCACCAGAGCCCGGUUCGAGGAAUUGAACAUGGACUUGUUCAGGAAAUGUAUGGAACCAGUCGAGAAGUGUCUCCGAGACUCCAAGAUGGACAAGAGCCAUGUCCAUGAAGUGGUUCUUGUUGGUGGGUCGACCAGGAUUCCAAAGGUCCAGCAACUUUUACAAGAUUUCUUUAAUGGGAAGGAGCUCUGCAAGAGCAUCAACCCAGAUGAAGCCGUCGCAUAUGGUGCUGCCGUUCAGGCUGCAAUUCUAAGCGGUGAAGGCAACGAAAAGGUACAAGACCUGCUACUGCUCGAUGUCACUCCUCUGAGUCUCGGAAUCGAGACUGCUGGUGGUGUCAUGACUGCGUUGAUUCCAAGAAACACAACGAUUCCGGCCAAGAAAGAACAGGUCUUCUCAACCUACUCUGAUAACCAACCAGGAGUCUUGAUUCAAGUGUAUGAAGGAGAACGGCCUCUAACGAAGGACAACAAUCUCCUCGGCAAAUUCGAGCUUAAGGGUAUUCCUCCAGCACCUAGAGGUGUUCCACAGAUCAAUGUCUGCUUUGAUAUUGAUGCGAACGGAAUUCUGAAUGUGUCGGCAGAGGACAAGACAGCCGGAGUGAAGAACAAGAUCACAAUCACCAAUGACAAGGGUAGGCUCAGCAAGGAAGACAUCGAGAAGAUGGUGAAGGAGGCAGAGAGAUACAAAUCAGAGGAUGAGGAAGUGAAGAAGAAGGUGGAGGCAAAGAAUGCACUUGAGAACUAUGCUUACAACAUGAAGAACACGAUUAAGGACGAGAAGAUUGGUGGGAAAUUGGGUGCUUCAGACAAGCAGAAGAUUGAAAAGGCAGUCAAUGAGACGAUAGAAUGGUUGGAUAAGAACCAACUGGCUGAAGUGGAUGAACUCGAGGACAAAUUGAAAGACUUGGAGGGUCUCUGCAACCCAAUUAUCUCUAAGAUGUAUCAGGGAGUUGCCGGAGACAUGCCGGGUGGGUUGGGUGGUGGUGCCGGCGGCAUGCAUAGUGGUGGCCAAGGAGGGUCUACCGGCGGUGCCGGGCCUAAAAUUGAAGAGGUCGACUGA